UAACGAUCGAAUCUGUCGUAAUGAAUACUUAAGCCCAAACAAUGAUUUUAACAAAAGACAAUGCAAGUAAACCUAGUGGUAGUAUCGUUUUUACACAUCAACACUAUCGUCAAAGCUUUUGACACCCUCCCGAAGGAGUUUCAUCAUUUUCCUGACUUAGAAGAAAUAAAGAACUAUUUCAAUGAUGAAAGGCAUCCUUAUGCAAAAACAAUUUUGGAGACAUAUGAGAAAAAAUGCACAUAUCCAGAAGCAAAUAAAGUCUCUAACAGAACCAAGCCCUUCAUAGUAGUUGAGGGGAAUCACCGUGGAAGCAGGGAGUUGAUUGCGAAACAGUUGGCAAGAAAAAUGAAUGCGAGGUAUUUGACCAACCUAGCGCCAUGUCUGUUUGAGUUGUUCCAUUACCUAUCGCAUGGGUCGGUCAUUCGGAGAGUGUUCUACCUGCUGUCUGUGUACGCUGCGGCUCAGGAGGCUCAACACUUCCUCAAUAAGGGCAGAGCCGUCAUCAUCAAUGGCUACUGGUGGGAGCAGGUGACAUACAGUCUUCUACAAUCUCUCAAGGAGGCCCCCACUCCCUCUAUAAGCUCCCCUGUUUUCAUUCACCCGCCAGACCUGCCAACCCCUGACCUCACUAUAUUCGUCGACCUGCCAGAAUCGUUGUCUAUGGACUCACCGAAGAGACCAAACUUCAUCAAAUACAGGUCUGUUGAGAUGUACGAGACCCUGAGUGCCAAGUACCCCGUGAUGGUGCUGUCUAUGGCGGAGUUCUACAAGAUGGCCAUCAACCACGUGUACGAUAAUAUCAGACAGAAUUUAUCGGACCAUAUAGAUUUCGAGACUCCUGAAAGAAGAACGUUGCCAACAAUUCUUGACGACUUUGACUGCUCAAGCUCAGAAUAUUCUCAGAGUAAUUAAUCAAACAUGCAUCCAUUCUCUGUUUAUAAUGUUCAAGAUAGUAGGUUCCAAUUUAUGUGACAUUUUAUGGUAAUAAUUUAUUUGAUAGUAUACCGUAGUCAAUUAAAUAUUUUGCAAACAAUGUACUUAUUUAUUAUAAAUACAGCUUUUCUACGUAUACA